UAUCUCUCUCCCCUGUACACUUUUUGCAAUUAUAAAAGCCCCUCCAAUCCCUUCUAAAUGCAGCAGCUGCAAAUUAAUCAUCAAUUUUAUUUCUCUCUUUUCAGUGAGAGGGUCUCUGUGUCCUUUCCCUCCCUCUCUUUCCCAAAAGUGAGAAUGAAGCUCUCCAUGAUCAAACCCAUAAGUGCUACUCCCUGCACACAGCUCUCUACUCCGAAGCUCAAGUCAAUGAUCAGCUGCUGCACCCUCACUCAAUCACCAGUAAAGCCCACCCAGCAAAUCAAGUUCACUGAUAACUUCCCCAGGUGGGAACAAUUGCUCAACCCAGUCCCAGUUGAUCUCAAUUCCCCAAUGAGUGCCUCCACCUCCACCUCCACCUCCACUACUAUAAGACCAACUAUUCGGUCGGUCCGAAAGAAUUGGAUGGAGUACCAAGGAGUCAAGAACUGGGAAGGACUGCUCGACCCACUGGACGGAAAUCUGCGCCGGGAAAUUAUCCGGUACGGCAAUUUCGUCGACACAGCCUACAAGGCAUUUGACUUUGACCCGGAUUCACCUACAUACGCAACCUGCAAGUAUCCCAAAAGUACGGUUUUUGACAACUCCGGACUUCCGGGGACAGGUUACCGGAUCACCAAGAAUCUACGUGCCACGUCGGGCAUUAACCUGCCACGCUGGAUCGAAAGGGCACCGAGCUGGGUUGGCACUCAAUCCAGCUGGAUUGGAUACGUGGCGGUGUGUAAAGACAAAGACGAAAUCGCCAGACUUGGACGACGCGAUGUUGUCAUUGCCUUAAGAGGCACCGCCACAUGUUUGGAGUGGCUCGAAAAUCUGCGAGUCACUCUAACUCAUCUCCCGUGUGGGUCUAAAGCUGCUCACACAGGAGGAGCUGAGGGGUCCGAACCAAUGGUCGAGAGUGGGUUUUUGAGCCUUUACACUUCGGGAACCGACCUAGUCCCAAGCUUGCAACAAAUGAUACGUGAAGAGAUUGGGAGGUUGCUUCAAACCUACGGCGACGAGCCGCUGAGCCUAACCAUCACCGGCCACAGCCUCGGCGCCGCGCUCGCAACUCUGGCGGCGUACGACAUCAAAUCCACAUUCAACCGCGCACCACUCGCCACGGUCAUAUCCUUUGGCGGUCCAAGAGUUGGCAACCGUAGCUUCCGCCACAAUCUCGAGAAAAAAGGCGCCAAAGUCUUACGCAUUGUGAACGAGGAAGAUUUGAUUACCAAAGUGCCGGGCUUCGUGGUCGACGACAACCGAGCCCGGAACGUUGCGGGGAGUCCCCUCGUCCGUAUGGCUGCUGAAUUCCAGAAUUGGAUUCAGAAGCGGGUCGAGGAGACACAGUGGGUUUAUUCCGAGGUGGGGAAAGAGCUCAGACUCAGUAGCAAGAACUCGCCGGACCUGAGCGCUAUGAACAUGUCAACAUGUCACGAUCUGGGAACUUACCUCCACCUCGUGGAAAACUUCGUCAGCGAAAAGUGCCCUUGCAAAUCCACCGCAAAGAAGUUGUUGAGUAGAGUACACUAAACCACCUCAGAACUGACAAUUGUACAUACAACUGUGUUUCCCGCCAAAUCCGGAGAUGCGGCGUGGGCAUGGUCAUUCUAAUCUGUAAUUAAAAUCGAGAGAAACUAAUUACUAAAAAGCUCUCAGUGACUGUUCUACCCUUAGAUAAGACUUCAUUGACUCCACUGUUACAUACGGAUACAAUAGUAAAAAGAAGUUUUCCCGGAUUUUCUUUUCCUUCCAUUUUUUUCUCGGUUUUUGUUUUUGUUUGUUUUGUUUUUGGGGUCCUUCCAAGCUCUACAGUACAACCGCACUACCGUGCUCUGCAGGAGGUAGCAGUGGUUUCAUUUUAUAAGUAGACCCACCGGCCACGAUUGCUCCGCCUGACGUAACCCUAAAAAGGCAAAGAUUGUUGUUUCUUGACGAAGGUGAUCACGUGCGUUGGAGUGGAAAGACUUAUACGCCCUCCGUACCGGCCAUAUAUUUACGCGGUGUCUUUGACUGCACCGACCCGUACCCGGGGGCAUCGUAUUUGUUGCUGACGUGGUGAAGCUUUAGCCCGCGGCCCCGUGCCGUCCAUACCAAACAUUUUCAGUCGGUUUAUUGCGAAAUGACCAGAGUACCCGCCCCCUCUGCGGGCAAGCGCCGUUUUUUUGAUGACAUGCUUUAAACGCACAAGGAAAACAUAGAGGUAAUAACCGCGGUUGAGGAUGGGCGGGUGGAGAAGAACAGCAACCCAUCACUAAGAAACUGGAGGUAAGAUUAGUACUUGUCUAAUUGUGAUG